AUGGCUCAAUUUGGUGGUUUCAAUAAUACAUAUUUGGACUCAAUGUCAUCGUCCAAUUCAGACACCAUUCCUGCAUCAUCAUCGAAUUCAGAAAUAACUCAGGGUGUACCCAUAAUAAAACAUGAGAAUGUGGAUGAUAUAUUCAAUAGAAAUGAUGUUAGAAAACAACUUUCACAAUCAUUCCAGAAUGCCGGGAGUGGUAUCCAUAUAACAGGAGGGAUAAAUAAACCUCAAUCAAGAAAGGGGUCGAUCAUUCCUAAUAUUAGAUCCAAUAACGCCAGUGAUGAUGAAGAUGAUAAUGGUAAUACUAAAUCAAAUGAUAAGAAAGAAAUACCAAAACCUGAUAUGGUUACUUUGAGAAUUCAAGAGUUACUUACUUUGAUACCUAAUGAUAUGUUUCAAGAUAUGGUUAAGAAUAAGAAAUCUCCUAUUAAAGAUGAACCUAAUGAUGAUGAUUUAGAUGAUGAAGAUGAGGAUGGAAAGACCACUGGUACUAAAGAUGGUAAACCAAAUAAAGGUCAAAUUUUAACUAAAUCACUUGAAUAUAUUGAUAUUUUACAGAAGCAGAUUGAUGAUAAUAAUCAUGCUGAAGCCACUUUAAAACUUAAAUUACGUGAUCUUGAAAAGAAAGCUAAUCUUUUAUCCCUGGAUCUUGCUUUAAGACCAACUAGUGGUGAAAGAGCAUUAGGAGAAAUUGGUAUUGGUAAUAAUCCUGCCUUAACCGAUACUUACUAUAAGAGAGUUUUAGUAUCAAGUGCUAAUACUAAUAAAGCUGCUCAAAGAAGAGGUAGUACCACCCAAUAG